UCACACUACGCAAUCACUUGACAUUUUCGAACUCGGUUCAAAUUAAUUUUCACUCGUUUUGUUUAUACAGAAGGAACUAAAACAGCCAAUAUCCCUCGCAGCUUGAACAAAUAUAUUUGUGUCACACACAUCCCAAUACUGCAUUUAUUUGCAAACAGCGCCAACUAAAAUAUAUACGUCAUGCAGAUCCUUCAGUGGCUGUUGAAGAUACCAGAGCAAGAACCUCCAAGAAUAGCAUCAAAUUCAACUAAAAAGGAAUGUGAUCAUGAGGAAAAAAAAGUAAUGCCUAAAGAGUUAGUGAUAUUGGUGAGCAAGCGGAGAAAAGACGUGCCGAAGAGCAAAGUGAGCUGUGAAAAUUUGAUUCUUCUCCGUUUCUUCAACCAAACACUUAACCUCAAGGGACUAGGAGCCUUCAAGGGAUACCAAAAUCCAUUGCAGAAGAAGCCGAAGAAGAAGACAUCAGAAAACAAGGUUUUACCUAUUGGCGAGCCUUGGUCGAGCAGCAAUCAGGUUGCUGGUUCGGAGAAGACGAAGAAGAAAAAGAAAGCAGUUUCGAGGAUGAAGGAGUUACUCAAAUGGGCUGCCACUGCCAAGGUUUUGAAUUCGAAGAAAGAAGGUGUAAUUGGUUCAAAGCAGCUGGGGGAGGUGGAUGAUGAUGUGGAAGAGUCUCCCAAGAUCAGCUUUAUCAUAGAUAUGGAGGAAGCAGCUGCAGCUGGCAUUGGAAACUGGAUCACCUCUGAUUCUGAAUUUGUGGUGCUCGAAUUGUGAGGCUGUCUCGAUCACGCGCUUCAUCUCUGCUUCUUCUACUAUUUAUUUUGUAAUCUGACUCUAAUCAAACAUUUCUUUCUACUACUACUAUAUCUAAGAAUUUCAUACGCAUAAUAGUAGUAUGUGUUUGUAAAUGGAUGAAUGUAAUGUAACAUUUUUUUGGUUCUAUUACAAGGAAUAUUGUAACGUUUUUCUUGGAUCAUAAUUGGGGAAUUUACAUUAGUUAAGAUUUUUUA